GUACUAUAUGAUAAUCAAACACAGCUCAGAUUCACAACAGUUCUCACUGUCAUCAUGGGCAACUGGGCAGAGAACGAAGGACUCUCCAUAUUUGUCAUUCUAGUAUGGCUGGGUUUAAAUGUUUUCCUCUUUUGCUAUUACUACUUAAUCUAUGCUAAUGGGUGGCCGUAUUACUAUACAAGAGAACUUCUUGGGUCUUAUUUGGCAUUGGCCCGGGCACCUGCAGCAUGUUUGAAUUUCAACUGCCUAUUAAUUCUGCUUCCUGUCUGUAGAAAUCUGCUUUCCUUUCUCAGAGGCUCAAGUGCAUGUUGCUCAGUGCGUGUCAGAAGACAGUUGGACAGAAACCUCACAUUUCACAAACUGGUGGCCUGGAUGAUUGCACUACAUACUGCAAUCCAUACAAUUGCACAUUUAUUUAACGUUGAAAGAUUGGUGGAUGCACGCACUGAAAAAAAUGGAAGCAUUAAGUGUGUACUGUCUGAUCUGGGUGACCAGUCAGGUGAAACUUACCUGAACUUUGCCAGAAAAAAAAUUUCGAACCCUAUGGGUGGCCUCUAUGUGGCAUUUACGACUUUGGCUGGCCUCAGUGGUGUUAUCAUUACAUUGUGUCUAAUAUUAAUUAUCACAUCAUCUACAAAAACCAUUCGCAGAUCGUACUUUGAAGUAUUCUGGUUUACUCAUCAUCUCUUUGUUAUUUUUUUUGUUGGUCUUGUCAUCCAUGGAUUUGGAAGAAUUGUACGUAGGCAGACCCCUGAAAGCCUUUUGUUGCAUAAGCCAGAAGUGUGUGCCAAAAAUUUCACAGCCUGGGGGAAAAUGUCUUCAUGUCCUAAACCAGAGUUUGCUGGAAAUCCUCCCAUGACAUGGAAAUGGAUCAUUGGCCCUAUGGUUCUGUAUAUUUGCGAGAGACUGGUGAGGUUUUGGCGCUCACAGCAAAAAGUAGUUAUUACAAAGGUUGUCACACAUCCUUUCCAAACCUUUGAGCUCCAGAUGAAAAAGAAAGGCUUCAAGAUGGAAGUUGGACAGUACAUUUUUGUCAAAUGUCCUGAAGUAUCUGUACUGGAAUGGCAUCCUUUCACACUGACUUCUGCCCCUGAAGAAGAUUAUUUCAGCAUUCAUAUACGUGUUGUAGGCGACUGGACAGACGGUUUGUUUAAAGCUUGUGGCUGUGACAAAGAACAACUCCAAGAAGCUUGGAAACUUCCUAAGAUAGCUGUAGAUGGUCCCUUUGGUACUGCUAGUGAAGAUGUGUUCAGUUAUGAAACAGUGAUGCUUGUUGGUGCUGGCAUAGGGGUUACCCCUUUUGCAUCAAUUCUCAAAUCUGUGUGGUAUAAGUACUGCAAUAAUGCCAUGGACCUAAGACUCAAAAAGAUCUAUUUUUAUUGGCUCUGCCGAGAUACCCAUGCCUUUGAAUGGUUUGCUGAUCUCUUACAAUCAGCGGAGGCUCAAAUGCAAGAAAAGGAUCAGACAGAUUUUCUCAGUUACAACAUCUAUCUUACUGGCUGGGAUGAAUCUCAGGCAACUCAUUUUACAAUGCAUCAUGAUGAGGAGAAAGAUGUGAUUACAGGUUUGAAGCAGAAAACUCAAUAUGGAAGACCAAAUUGGGAAAAUGAGUUCAAAACAAUUGCAGGCCAACAUCCAAAUUCCAGGGUUGGUGUUUUCCUAUGUGGACCUGAAGCCUUGGCUGAAACUCUAAAUAAAAUGUGCAUUAAUAAUUCAGAAGCUGACCCAAGAGGCAUACACUUUAUAUUCAACAAAGAAAAUUUUUGAAGAUGUACUUACAAAAUUUAAUUUAGCCAUGGUGAAUUAAUUGAAAUUAAUGUGACAUUAAUAUUUCACUGGAAUGUUAUUAAAAGUUUCACGUUUGUUUGAUAUUAUGUACUUUAGAGGAAGAAUAUACAGUUUUAAACUGAUCCUUUUUUAACCCCAUGGCAAGUCUUCUUAAAAGGCUUAGGAUAUAUUAACAUUGUCAAAUACAGAUUGAGUUCAUAUAUUGUGUUAAACCAUAAACCAUAAAGGGAUCUGUAUUAUUUUAUAUUAGUGUGUAAUCCAAAUAUAUUGUGGAUUACAAUAUACGUUUUAUGGCAAGCUGGGCAAUGUGCAGACCAUGGACUCUUUCAACUCACCCAGCAUGCCAAAAUCUGAUCCAGAGUUAGUUCCUUAUUCAACCACAGAACUCAUUGAGUGAUUUUGAACCAAUCACUGUCUCUCAACAUCACCAAUCUCAAUAGGUUGCUACUGGUAAACAAAGGACAGACAGUGUAUACAAGCCACGCUAAAAUUAUAGUACAAAUGCUCUAAGGUGUUCAAUUACAAUGCUCAUUAUAAAUCUCUUGAGGCUAUAUAAAUAAAAUUUUGCAAACACUGCUUCAGGCGCUUAGAUGUGUAUUUUGUGUGUCUCCUAGAGUAGAAAUAGCACACCUGAAAAUGAAACUCUUCUUCUUCUUCUUGGUAUAUUCUCAGAUUAGGAGAAUUAUUAGAGAAAGGAUUUAAAAUACUGAAUAUCAGAAUGGCAUUAGCUGUAUUCUAGCCCAAGUUAGAGUUUGUAUAAUAUAUCCCAGAUGGAAAUCAAACAGAUAUCUAGUUGUAUUGGUUUCUGCUACACACUAAAGAGCAUUUUAGAGCUCAGUUUAAUAUCAUACCCUACAAACUAUUCAGUCCACAAGUUUAAAGGAACUUGUCCUUGCAGCAAAUAUGUUGUUGAGACAUCUAAUAUUUGCUACUAUACUGCUCUGAUCCAGGGUAGGUAGCAAAUCUAAUUGUUCCUUUACUGAUAUCAUUAACAGGACAAAACGAAACUAUUUUUAUGGCCUUCUUCUUGUUAGAUGCUGUGUAAUAUUGCUAAAUUUCACAUAGCA